GGUAGUGGGGUUCUCUCCAGCGUUUGUGGAGUUGCCUUUGGGUUAAGGACAAAGAAUUUUACCGGCUGAUGUCCACGGGGGGGAGCGGUUACCUCUGUAGUGUGUUGAAGACACCUGAACAUUUUUUAAAAACACUGUUUCUUCUUUACCUGCUUUUAAACUUUUUAAGUAUGGCUCCAUUGCAAAAGGCUUCCUCUCCCCAUCUGUUUCCUACCGAAGGUGGAUGCGAUUUAACCAAAUUCAACUGGAGUUCUCAAAUCUCAAGUGCUGUCUGCUCUUCAUCAUGCCUGCUGGGGUAUCUUGGCCUCGCUACUUGAAAAUGCUCAGUGCAAGUACAUUGGCUAUGUUUGCAGGUGCAGAAGUUGUGCAUAGAUAUUACAGACCUGAUCUUACUAUACCUGAAAUUCCACCUAAGCCUGGAGAACUGAAAACGGAACUCUUGGGUCUAAAACAAAGACCAAGCGAAGUUCAUACUUCACAACAAUGACCACAGAAUACUGAAGUCAUGAAGGGUAGAAUUUUCAGAAGUGCCUAAAUGACUUAGGGUCCUGAGUCAUCUUCCUAAGUGAUUUAGGAACCCGUCAUUGGGACUUAUGCACUUCUGAAAAUUCUACCCAAAGUCCAUGUAUGAAAUGCUGUAGUCCUGUAACUCUCUCUCUCUCUAUAUAUAUUUAUUUAAAACGAAAACUUGUAUGUAUGUAAGAAAGAGGAAUCCUGUUUAUCAGAAAUCCAGCCAGUUGUUCAU